AUGGGUCCUGCCUUCCUGCUGGCCUUUCCUUUGCUGCUGGCUCUUUCAACACCCUGUGAUGCCUGUGAGUGUAAACUUCGGCAUCCUCAGACAUACUACUGCACGUCAGACAUCGUUGUAAUAGGUAAUAUACUGGAACGUGGAAAUGACACCGCAUUAAAACGAAACUACAGAAUCAAUAUCACUCAGAUACUCAAGAUUCCCAAGAAGACCCCCCCCAUCACUUCUGUAUACACACCCAAGGCCUGGGAUAGCUGUGGUUAUGAGGUGAGGACUUCUCAGCAAUCACAACUACUUAUUGCAGGCUAUCUGAGGAAGGGGGCGCUGUACUUCACGAGAUGCCACAUGGUACAUUUCUGGUACCGUCUCACCAGCGAGCAGAGGCUAGGUUUCAAGGCGCUGUACAAAAGGGGAUGCAAAUGUCAGAUUCAGCCGUGCCUUCUCUGCUGGCGCGGUUGCCCCCAACCUGAUAGACAGGAGUGUGUGUGGGAGCAGGAAGACUGCGAUUACAGCGUGUGGGAGGGAAACCAGUCCCUGUACUCCACGUGUGCCCCCGGGCACCACGGCCGCUGUGAAUGGGCCAGAAUCGACACCGCGAGUUAUCGCCCCGAGACCACUCCUCCUCCAGAAACAACCCCUGCAGUGAUGGCUAUUAUAUGA